AUGGUCAAUGCAUGGUUUGCUGAGAGAGUUCACACCAUCCCUGUGUGCAAGGAAGGCGUCAGAGGCCACACGGAAGCUUGCUCUUGCCCCUCGCAGCAGAGUCCCCAUGCAGAGAGCAGCGUCCCUGGAACACCAACCAGGAAAAUCUCCGCCUCCGAAUUUGAUCGGCCUCUUAGACCCAUUGUCGUCAAGGAUUCUGAGGGAACUGUGAGCUUCCUCUCUGACUCAGAAAAGAAGGAACAGAUGCCUCUAACCCCCCCAAGGUUUGAUAAUGAUGAAGGGGACCAGUGCUCAAGACUCUUGGAAUUAGUGAAAGAUAUUUCUAGUCACUUGGAUGUCACAGCCUUAUGUCACAAAAUUUUCUUGCACAUCCAUGGACUCAUCUCCGCUGACCGCUAUUCCCUGUUCCUUGUCUGUGAGGACAGCUCCAACGACGAGUUUCUUAUCAGCCGCCUCUUUGAUGUUGCAGAAGGUUCAACACUGGAAGAAGCUUCAAAUAACUGUAUCCGCUUAGAGUGGAACAAAGGCAUCGUGGGACAUGUGGCUGCUCUUGGUGAGCCCUUGAACAUCAAAGAUGCAUAUGAGGAUCCUCGGUUCAAUGCAGAAGUUGACCAAAUUACAGGCUACAAGACACAAAGUAUUCUUUGUAUGCCAAUUAAGAAUCAUAGGGAAGAGGAUUGGAGGGAAUGUGUCUAGUAUUUCGGCACAGUGUUUGCUUGGGUGUAAACUGGAGGCGAGGCCAUGCAGGCAAGCUGAGGCGGGAUUGUGAAGAGUCGGCAAGUCGCCAUGCAAAAGAGAAUGGUUAUACAAGUGUUCAGUUCAGAAAUUGGUGGUAGUCAUCUCAAAUAUUGAAAGUGGGGAGGUCCUUGAAAGAUGGCAGUUUGAUAUUGAGUGUGACAAGACUGCAAAAGAUGACAGUGCACCCAGAGAAAAGUCUCAGAAAGCUAUCCAAGAUGAAAUCCGUUCAGUGAUCAGACAGAUCACAGCUACAGUGACAUUUCUGCCACUGUUGGAAGUUUCUUACAGAGAUUUGGUUGUACCUGAAAAAUGGGAAGAGUCGGGACCACAGUUCAUUACCAAUUCUGAGGAAGUUCGUCUUCGUUCAUUUACUACUACAAUUCACAAAGUAAAUAGCAUGGUA